GAUCGACCUCUUCAGCUCGAUCUCAAGCAUCAUCCAGCUGCUAAGACGACAGUCGUCAUGGCUGCCAGCAUUAAGCUCUGCUUACUAGUCUCGUGCGCUCUGGUUCUGGCCACGGCGUGCGAUGGCCUGCAGGUGGGCUACUACAGGAAGACGUGCCCCAGGGCCGAGGCCCUCGUGAGGGCCGAGGUGAAGAAGGCCGUUCGCGCCAACACCGGCGUCGGCGCUGGCCUCAUCCGCAUGCUCUUCCACGACUGCUUCGUCGAGGGCUGCGACGCGUCCGUGCUCCUCGACCCGACGGCGGCGAACCCGCAGCCGGAGAAGCUGGGGGCGCCCAACAACCCCAGCCUGCGUGGCUACGAGGUGAUCGACGCGGCCAAGGCCGCCGUCGAGAAGGCCUGCCCCGGCACGGUCUCCUGCGCCGACAUCGUCGCCUUCGCCGGGCGCGACGCGUCCUAUCUCCUCAGCCACGCUAAGGUCAGCUUCCACAUGCCGGCGGGGCGGCUGGACGGGCGCAAGUCCCUCGCCAGCGAGACCCUCACGUUCCUGCCCGGCCCCUCCUCCAACCUCUCCAGCCUCGUCUCCGCCUUCGCCGCCAAGGGGCUCAGCGUCGAGGACGUGGUGGUGCUCUCCGGCGCGCACUCCAUUGGCCGGUCCCACUGCUCGUCCUUCGUCCAGGCACGCCUGAGCUCGCCGUCCGACAUCGCCGCUCCGCUGGCGACGCAGCUGAGGAAGCAGUGCCCGGCCAGCCCGACCGCUGCCAACGAUCCGACGGUGACCCAGGACGUGGUCUCCCCGGACGCGCUGGACAACCAAUACUACAAGAACGUGCUGGCGCGCAAGGUGCUGUUCACGUCGGACGCCGCGCUGCUGUCGGCGCCCAACACCGCGAGGAUGGUGCGCGCCAACGCCAGGUUCCCGGGUUCGUGGGAGAAGAAGUUCGCCAAGGCGAUGGUGAAGAUGGCCGCCAUCGGCGUGAAGACCGGCCGCGACGGCGAGAUCAGGAGGAACUGCAGGCUCGUCAACUAAGCUGGGAGUGAAGCUGCUCUCGCUUGAUCAGCAAACCAGAGAGAUUCGUGCCUUUUGCUACCGCUUUUGAAGAAACUGUUUUCAAAUGUGUUGGUUCAGCUCGCCCCCACAUGUAACGUACUGGUGGGCAUAUCUUGGUUUCUCAAUUACCUUUUGCUUUCGCCGCGGCGGCGUUGUAUUUGUUGAUUUGGUUGCUUGAUGCUGUUUAUGAGGCCUCUACUGCCUUUUUUUCUGAAGAAAUGCAGCAAACUCUCUUUGACGUGA